AUGGCAAUGAGGUACUCCAAUGACGGGUUUCUUGGCCUUUUUGCUUUGACCAUCAUAUCCAUCUUCAUUCUCGGCUCUUCAACAUCAUCCUACACAUUUCGCGUUGGUGGCAAAGACGGUUGGGUCAUCAACCCUUCAGAAGACUACAUUCACUGGCCACAGAGGAACAGGUUUCACGUCAACGACUCUCUCUAUUUCAAGUACAAGAAAGGGUCUGAUUCGGUUUUGGUGGUAAACAAGGAUGAUUACGAUUCAUGCAACUCCAACAACCCCAUACAAAAGAUGGACGAGGGUGAUUCAUUAUUCACUUUAGACAAACCAGGACCUUUUUUCUUCAUCAGUGGCAACCUUGAAAACUGCCAAAGUGGUCAAAAGCUAAUCGUUGUCGUUUUGGCCAAUACACACGAACAUAGUCAGCCCCCUUCUCAGCCGGAAGCUGAGGCACCUAUAGCAAAUAGGCCGUCAGGCCCAAAUUCUCCGGUGGCAUCUCCGCCCAAACAUUCGGGUUCUACGAGCGUACGAGGUUUAAGGGUUGCAUUGGUGUCGCUUUCGGUGUUAGUGUUGAGGACUUGGGGUGGGUUUGCUCUUCAGCAAGUUGGCCUAGUUUGAUUGCUAUUGGUCCUUUCUGGUAGAUUUUGGAUCCAUUUGGUUUCUGGAGACUUUUGUUUGGGCCUCUGAACUUUGAUUAGUUUGUUGCCGUUUGCGUUUUGGUGUAUUAACUUUGUCUCUCUCUUUCUUUUUUUUUGUCGCUCUAGUUCAAUGGUGAUGCCCCUUAAACCUUUUU